AUGUCAACAACAGGCAGUGCCCAGAGUUUGGGUGACGUCAACAGAAAGGCAAAAAAGGAUUCUUCUGUGCGAUCUCUUAGAGAGGAGAAACGCUACAGGUGUGAGGAGUGCAGCAAGAAGUUCAGUCAUCUGGGUAAUCUAAAGGCUCACUGCAGCAGGCAGUUCAGUCAGUUCUGUAAUCUGAAGAAACACAUGCGGACUCACACAGGAGACAAACCCUACAGGUGUGAGGAGUGCAGCAGGCAGUUCAGUCGGCUGGAUGAGCUUAGAAAACAUAUGCAUACUCACACAGGGGAGAAACCCUACAGGUGUGAGGAGUGCAGCAGGCAGUUCAGUCAGCUGGGUCAUCUGAAGACUCACAUUCGGUCUCACACAGGGGAGAAACCCUACAGGUGUGAGGAGUGCAGCAGGCAGUUUGGUCGACCGGAUUCUCUGAAUACUCACAUGCGGACUCACACAGGUGAGAAACCCUACACGUGUGAGGAGUGCAGCAAGCAGUUUAGCAAGCUUGGUCAUCUGAAGAGUCACAUGCGGACUCACACAGGUGAGAAACCCUACAUGUGUGAGGAGUGCAGCAGGCAGUUUAGUCAGCUUGGUGCUCUGAAGACUCACAUGAGAUCUCACACAGGGGAAAAACCCUACAAGUGUGAGGAGUGCAGCAAGCAGUUCAGUCAGCUGGGUGAGCUGAAAAAACACAUGCGGACUCACACAGGAGAAAAACCCUAUAAAUGUGAGAAGUGCAGCAAACAGUUUUGUCAGCAGGGUCCUCUGAAAACGCACAUGCGGACACACACUGGAGAGAAACCGUACAAGUGUGAGGACUGCAGCAAGCAGUUUAGUCAGAAGAGUAAUCUGAAGAGCCACAUGCGGACUCACACAGGUGAGAAACCUUACAGGUGUGAGGAGUGCAGUAGGCAGUUCAGUGAGCUGGGUAGUCUAACAAAACAUAUGCGGACUCACACCGGUGAGAAGCCAUACAAGUGUGAGGAGUGCAACAAGCAGUUCAGAGUGCAGCAAGCAGGGGAGAAACCAUAUAGGUGUGAAGAGUGCGGCAGGCAGUUCAGUAGGUUGGAUCAUAUAAAAACUCACAUGCGGACUCACACAGGGGAGAAACCAUACAAAUGUGAAGAGUGCCGAAGGCAGUUCAGUGAGCUGGGUAAUCUGAAGACACACAUGCGGACUCACACAGGGGAGAAACCCUACAUGUGUGAGGAGUGCGGCAAGGAGUUCAGCCAGCUUUCUGAUCUGAAGACACACAUGCGGACUCACACAGGGGAGAAACCCUACAUGUGUGAGGAGUGCAGCAGGCAGUUCAGUAAGCUGGGUAAUCUGAAUGCUCACAUGCGGACUCACACAGGGGAGAAACCCUACAGGUGUGAGGAGUGCAGCAAGCAGUUCAGUCGGCUGGGUCAUCUGAAGACACACAUGCGCACUCACACAGGGGAGAAACCCUACAAGUGUGAGGAGUGCAGCAGGCAGUUCAGUCAGCUUGGAAAUCUGGACAGCCAUAUGAGGACUCACACAGGUGAGAAACCUUGCAGGUGUGAGGAGUGCGGCGGGCAGUUCAGUGAGCUGGGUGCUUUGAAGAAACACAUGCGGACUCACACAGGGGAGAAACCCUACAGGUGUGAGGAGUGCAGCAGGCAUUUUGGUCUGCUGGAUGCUCUGAAGACCCACAUGCGGACUCACACAGGGGAGAAACCCUACAAGUGUGCGGAGUGCAACAAGCAGUUCAGCCUUUUCCAUCUUCUGAAGAGUCACAUGCGGACUCACACAGGCGAGAAACCCUACAAAUGCAUGCAGUGCAGGAGGCAGUUCAGUCAGCUGAGUGCCAAGAACAAACACAUGCGGACUCACACAGGGGAGAAACCCUACAAGUGUGAGGAUUGCAGUAAGCAGUUCAGUCAGCUUUGGAAUCUGAAGGCUCACAUGCAAACGCACACAGGAGAGAAACCCUACAGGUGUGAGGAGUGCAGCAGGCAGUUCUGUCAGCUGAGUAAUUUGAAGACUCACAUGCUUACUCACACAGGGGAGAAACCCUACAAGUGUGAGGAGUGCAGCAAGCAGUUCAGUCGGCUGGACAGUCUAGAGAAACACAUGCGGAGUCACACAGGGGAGAAACCCUACAGGUGUGAGGAGUGCAGCAGACAGUUCAUUCAGCUGGGUAAUCUGAAAAGACACAUGAGGACUCACACCGGUGAGAAGCCCUACAAUUGUGAGGAGUGCAGCAAGCAGUUCAGUCAGCUGGGUGCUCUGAAAAGACACAUACGGACUCACACAAAGGAGAAACCCUACAGAUGUGAGGAGUGCAGCAAGCAGUUCAGUCAUCUGGAUUCUCUGAAGACUCACAUGCGGACUCACACAGGAGAGAAACCCUAUAAAUGUGAGAAGUGCAGCAGACAGUUCAGUAAUCUGGGUAAUCUGAACAAACAUAUCCGAACUCACACAGGUGAGAAACCUUACGUUUGUGAGGAGUGCAGCAAGCAGUUCAGUCAGCUUGGCAAUCUAGAGAGACACAUGCGGACUCACACAGGGGAGAAACCCUACAAGUGUGCGGAGUGCAACAAGCAGUUCAGUCAGCUGAGUGCCAAGAACAAACACAUGCGGACUCACACAGGUGAGAAACCCUACAAGUGUGGGGAGUGCAGCACGCAGUUCAGUCAGCUGAGUAAUUUGAAGACUCACAUGCUUACUCACACAGGGGAGAAACCCUACAAGUGUGAGGAAUGCAGCAAGCAGUUCAGUCGGCUGGACAGUCUAGAGAAACACAUGCGGAGUCACACAGGGGAGAAACCCUACAGGUGUGAGGAGUGCAGCAGGCAGUUCAGUCAGCUGAGUGAUCUUGAAAGACACAUGCGGACUCACACAGGGGAGAAACCUUACCAAUGUGACGGGUGCAGCAAGCAGUUCAGUCGGCUGGACAGUCUAGAGAAACACAUGCGGACUCACACAGGUGAGAAACCCUUCAGGUGUGAGGAGUGCAGCAGGCAGUUCAGUGAGCUGGGUACACUGAAGACUCAUAUGCGGACUCACACAGGUGAGAAACCUUACCAAUGUGAGGAGUGCAGCAGGCAGUUCAGUGAGCUGGGUAAUCUGAAGAAACACAUGCGGACUCACACAGGGGAGAAGCCUUACAAUUGUGAGGAGUGCCGCAGGCAGUUUAGUGAGUUCGGGAAUCUGAAGAGACACAUGCUGACUCACAAAGGUGAGAAACAGGUGUGAGGAGUGCUGAUGAAGCCGGCAAGUGAGGAAGUGAAUCAGAUCCGACAGUUUCGUCAGCGGUUGACCCUGAAAAGUUACAUGCACUCACAUUGCACUGACACGCAGUCAGUAAAGCCAGUUUAGUUCGUGCUCUUGAGUCGACAGCCUUUUCUGUUAUGCGGUCCGUUUUGAUCAUGACUUGACUUGACUUGUAAAUAGUGAAGUUCAGUUACCAGUGGCUCUAGAAUUUAGUUUCCAAGAUGGUAGUUUUGUUGCAUGUGUAUCAUGUUCAAGUUCAUUUCUUUUUUGUAACCUUUUCUUCAUGUAUAUAGUGAAGUUCCCUAUCAUGGUAUUGUAGAAUUAAGUUUCCAAGCAGGUAGUUUUGUAGGAUGUUUAUCAAGUGCAUUUCCUGUUUUGUAACUUCUAUGACGGAAUAUUGUAGAUGUUGUUUGGAUUGUUUUUUCGCAGCAAACUAGACGUCAACUGGAACUCUAUGACGGAAUAUUGUAGAUGUUGUUUGAAUUGU